AUGGUUCACAAACAGAUAACUAGGGUGAGAUAUCCAUUGCUACUUUCAUCUGUCUUUGUUUAUCAACCAAGUGAAGCUCCAUUUGAUGACUUGAGUAGCUGGCCCCUUUCAAACGAUAUGUCAAAAAAGAUAAGAGGCAAAACAAUUGAUGAAUAUUCUAGAUGUAUUCAUUGGAAUUCAGAGUUAGACAUCAUAUCAUUAAAAUUUAAAUGUUGUUCUGAUGUAUAUUAUGCUUGCUAUCAAUGUCAUGAAGAGUUAACAACCCACCCUGUAAAGAGAUUUGAUUUGAAUGCAAAUCCUGAUGUAAAGGUAAUUAUUUGUGGUAAUUGUUGUAAAGAAAUGACAUUCGAAGAAUAUGUAGAAUCAAAAAAUGAAUAUGACCGACUAUGUUGUUUUAAUUGUCAGAGUUUAUUUAACCCAGGUUGUAAAUUACAUUACGAUUUAUAUUUUGAACUUGAUAGCGAUAAGUAUGGUCGUGAUCAUGAUAUUGUUGACUGCAAAAUAUAA